AUGCUCAGAUUAUCCUCAAACUCCUCAGAUUAUCCUCAGACUACUCCUCAAACUCCUCAGUCUAAUCCUCAGACUCCUCCUCAGAUUAUCCUCAAACUCCUCAGACUACUCCUGAAACUACUCCUCAGAUUAUCCUCAAACUACUCCUCGGUCUAA